AUGCUUCGUAAUCCAAUAUGUCUGCGCCCAUGAGUUUCAGUGUGUUGAUUUCUAUAUUGAAAAUAUUGUCUAUGUUUAUUACAUUUUACUGUGUAAAUCUAAGUUAUUAGCAUAACAAUGGUAUUGUUUAGUAAUUUAAAUAUGUGUAUAAGGACAUUAGGAACGAAUUCAUUUACUAAAUGCUGUGUAUACAUUCGUCGCUCAUUAGCCACUGGCAAGGUAGCGUUCCUGCCAAGAAAACUUAAGCCAACGGCGCAGGGCCUUAGGACUAGACAGAGGUGUGGGCCCAGGCACCAAAAUCUAGCACACCCUGAACAAUCGAACUCGAAGAUUUCGUCUGAAAAAUAUAAAGUCACGAAUACAGAAAGAGGGACCUUGAGUUUCAAAGAGAAGAAAGAUGAUACAAUUUAUAUUGAAUUUGAUGGUGCAAAUUUAAAGAAAAACAAGAAAAAUGUUGAUAGUAGGCCUAGUACUGCGUCUGCAAAAGAUGGAAUAGGAUCUGCAAAAGCUGCAGCAAUGAAAGUUCGAGACAGUUUGGAAAGUGAGAAUCAAAAAAGGAAGAAAGUUGGAGUAAGCCAUGACAGUAAAGGAUUUAAGGUUUACACCAAUGCUGUGCAGGAUUUAAAAAGAUUACCCCCAGGAUUAGUAACUAGCAUUCUUAGGUCCAGGGUGAUAUACAAUGAAGGUGACAUCAUUGCAAUUGACAAGCCUUAUGGUCUGCCCUGUCAUGGUGGUCCAGGAGUUGUGAAUAACAUUGAGGACAUGUUGCCCCGAUUGGUUAGAAUGUUGCCAAGACAACAUGAAGACUUUGCACUUCACAUGGUACACAGGCUGGACAAGGAGACUACAGGUGUAAUGCUUUUUGCCAAAACAGAAGAAAUGAAAAGGAAACUGCAGGCAAUGUUUAGAAAUCAUGAAAUUAUAAAAAAAUAUUGGGUUAUAACUGUGGGUGUGCCAGAUCCAACUGAAGGAAUUAUUGAUAUUCCAAUGAUAGAGAAAGAAGUUGAGGGAAAGCAUUGUAUGGGUUUAAAACCGGAUAUUGGUGCUGUCUACAAAGAAUUCUGGCAGAAACAGAAUUCUCUUGGUGUAAAGUCUGUGUCAAAGUUCAAAGUUCUUGAUCAGCACAAUAGCUCAGCCCUUGUACAAGUGCAAGCAGUUACUGGUGUCAAGCAUCAGGUGCGUUGUCACAUGGCAUUUGGACUUGGUUGCCCAAUAUUAGGUGAUCACAAAUACUCGCAUUUGAAUAAGAUUGCCCCACAGAAACUUCCAUCUGACAUGCUCCAGCGGUUAAAGCUUCGACAGGCCAAGGUUCGGACCAUGCCAAUGCAUCUCCAUGCACACCAGAUUAUCCUACCAGACUUUUAUAAAGGUCGCAACCUAUCCAUCUCAACUCGAUUGCCACGCUUCUUCAACACGAAUUUAUCGCAGCUAAAACUUAAGGUUUAAUAGACUCAUUCCGCUUGGUUGGUCAUGUGACGUAUAGUGGGUACCAAUUGUAAACGCUCGUUAUAGGAGAACGCGUGCAUUCUUCAGUGUGUUUGUAACUAAACCAAAUUGAUUGGAAAUUUAAAUUGAGAUUUUGGCAUAAUGGUUUGGUAAUGCUCCAAGAGAUACUAGCCCUAAACAUGGACAUUUUUCGAGAAAUGCUAGGCCUAGGCCCCUGCAUGUCUACGGCCUGUUUAGGUAUGCUCUAGCGUCUUCGAUUCGUGAACUGCGAUUUUGAUACUCUACGAUUUCUAGGCUAGCUUAGGUUUACAAAGGAUCACAUACAUUCAAAAGCAUACAAAGCACAUUGAACGCUAGAAUAAGUAAAUAAACACUAUUUUGAACAAUCGUACUGCCUUUUCUUACCAGUCAUUUCUCGCGUUAAACCAUAACAUUACCCUUUCCAAUACACUGAUUGUACUGUAAAUUCUCCAUAGUAAUACCCACUAUAUGUCAUGUGACCGGCUGUAAACAAACAACGCGGAAUGUGUCUAUUGAUUAAACAUAUGACUGGGGAUAUACCCUCCCUCAGUGGCAACAAAAAAAAACAAAAAACAUUCUCUCUUGCUAAUAUGACAUGAAAUGAUUGAUGUUUGUUUUGCUCAGUGGCAGCUUCAAAGGGGACCGAUUCGGCCCAUGCCCCGCGCUAAAUUUGUUAAAUUUUCAAAAAAUAUGGCCAUCUAAAGGUGCCACAACCAUAAAUUUUCUUAUCUUAGCACCAACCAUGGUGGGGCCAAGAUGAUCUAGACCCUCCAUCUGUGAAAGUCCAUCCCUGGGCCCCCUCUGUUUUGAACUCUUGGAUCCGCCACUGUUGCUGUCUGCAUGCUUAACUAUUGAUCAGAAAUGUUCCUGCCAUUUCUUGAGUACGAUUCAGGGGAGGAUGCAGAGAAAAACUUGGAAUGGGGCCAUGCAAAGUACAAACCACUGAGUAGGGGUGCGUGCUGGUGUUCACAAAUGCUUCACCAUGCACAGGUAAUUGAAAAUUUAAAAUUGAAUAUUAGCUUGUUUUGUAGUACCACGCUCCACUUUUUCUCUUUCUUUUCUCUUUUUUUCUUUCUCUUUGGGGAGUGGGGUCCUAUGAUUCAUGCGCUGUAAUACAAUUAAUAUGAAUAAAACAAUAACAGAUUUUUAAA